AUGGAAGCCGACCUAUUGUCCAAAAUUGCCCUGGAAGGGGUACCGGACCACCUGAUAAAAAUUUGCCAGAAGGAGGAGUUAAACCGGCCGAGUGUUGAGGAGGCACCACUGGAAGUCCAGCGAGUAGAUAUCGAGGAAUGGGAUCGAGUGAAAAAUCCCGAAAUGUUCUGGAUAGAGGACAUCCGGCGAUUCAUAGAAAAAGGCGAGUUACCGGAAGAUCCGGGAGUCGCCGCGAGAGUUCGGCGGAAAGCCCCUUCCUUCCAGAUCAUCGACGGACAGCUAUACAAACAGUCGUUCGGUGGACCCUUACUAAAGUGCCUGCUUAGACCCGAGGCCGAGAAAAUAAUGGACGAAGCUCAUAGAGGCAUUUGUGCCGCGCACCAGGGCGAUCACACGCUCGCCAGGAAGUUGGUCGUUCAAGGGUAUUAUUGGCCGACCAUGAUGCGAGACUGCAUCGAAUGGAUGUCCAGAUGCGGCGUUUGUCAAGCAUUCGCCAGAAAAGACACCCGGCCGGCCACCUUUUAUACACCGGUCACCACUGCUAUCCCCUUCGCCAAGUGGGGAAUAGACUUGUUGGGGCCAUUGCCCGUCGCCCGGGAGGUCUGA